AUGUUUUCAAAAUCUCAUGAUGUCUCUUCUGAGUUUUUUAACAAUGCAUCUUUCAGUAGCAUUGAUGUUUUAUGGGAGACAACUAAGCCAAAGUCUCUUAUCAUAUUCGGUAUCAUCAAGAACAUAUUUACUGGUUUUGGUUGGUACUACAUGACAUGUCCAACGUGUUUGCAUGAGGCUACUAUGGAGAUUGAGGAAUAUCUUCCACUUGAUGGUUCUUUUGAUUCUAAGAAAUAUGAAGUUUAUCACUGCUCUAACUAUGAAUGUUUUGAACACAUCAUAAAACCUCUUUCGAAAUUUAAGAUCAAAAUUGAAGUUGAGGACGAUACUGAUUCAACUCAUCUUAUAUUAUUUCAUGAUCAAGCUGUACAGGUUUUGAAUAAAUCUGCUGCUGAAUUGCUAAAAGAUAAUGAAUCGGAGAUUAAAUCUUUGGUUGGGAAGUUGUUUGCUUAUAAGAUUCAAGUUACCCAUGAAUAUAUCGAAAAAUUUGAUGAAGUUUAUGAUAUCACUGCGAUAAGCAGCGAUUAUUCUGUUAUUUCCCAUGUUAAAAAGAGCCUUUUGACUAAACAGGAGGAGAAUAUCGCAAAAGGUAAACGUAAUCUCUAUGAGCUGUACAACGUUGAUCCAGCAUUUCCGAGUUGUUCUACAAAGCGUCCUAUUAUCAAAACUCCUCUUUCAGAUAUCUCAAAUGUUGAUUCACCUGCUGAAAGACGUAAGCUUCGAAAAAUAAUACUUGAUAACAAGAGAUCAAGGAAAUCGUCAUCAUCAACAAAUGUUCCUAACAUAUUGCCUGAGAACAUAAGUUCGCUGCAGUCUUCUAAUAAUAACAAGAGAUCAAAGAAAUCGUCAUCAUCAACAAAUGUUACUAACAUAUUGCCUGAGAACAUAAGUUCACUACAGUUUUCUAAUAAUAACAAGAGAUCAAAGAAAUCAUCAUCAUCAUCAUCAACAAAUGUUCCUAACAUAUUUCCUGAAAACAUAAGUUCGCUGCAGUCUUCUAAUAAUAUUGAUCGCAACAUAUACUCCUUUUCUCCUCAUAGAAGUAUAAAUCAUACAAGUUCAUUAGUUUCAACCAUAACAGAUAACUCCAGAACCAAAUCCACACCGUCAAAUGAAAAUCGUCGAUAUUCCAUUUCUCCUCGCAUCAAUAUUAGUAACAAUCAAGUGGUAUUUGGUACUACUUCUACAAUUACAAGGUUGUCUUCUGGUAAACGUAAGCUUGAGCACAAGAAACGUGAUACCACUCCUAUACCUAUGGUCAAUUUGGAUUCCGAUGAAGAUGAUGUUGUUUUAGUUAGAGUGGACGACCCUUAUAAAGGGGUAUCUAAAGAUUAUUUGGACCAUGGUGACCAAGUUCUUACAUGCCAAAUCUGUAGUGCAAAGUUAUGGACAUCAGAAGGUGGAAAAGGUCGAAUAACUAUUAAUAAGCUGUGUUAUGGUAUGUGUUGUGGGUAUGGUAAAGUUGAGCUACCGCCUUUAAAGGAUGCGCAUCCGCCUUAUCAAAAUUUGUUUUCUUCCACAGAUGAAAAAAGCAAGUUUUUCCAGAAGAAUAUUAGACGAUACAACUCUAUGUUCUCUUUUACAUCUAUGGGUGGAAAGGUUGAUUCUACUAUUAACAAGGGCAACGCUCCAUUUAUAUAUCGUAUAAGUGGCCAAAACUAUCAUUGCAUCGGUAGUCUUAAACCUUCUAAUGGAAAUCAACCUCAGUUUUGUCAGCUAUACAUAUAUGACACUGAAAAUGAAAUAACAAACAGACAGACAUUAUUCGGGAAAACAAGCAAACCUUCGUCCUCUAAUGAUAAAGAGCUUGAUGUUGAAAUGAUACAGUAUUUGAGGAAUUUAUUAGAUUCAGAAAAUAUGUUGGUUAAGACAUAUAGGAUGGUCAGAGACCAUUUUCACGAAUCCCCAGAGGCCAACCUUAAACUCCGUCUUAUGUAUAAAAGAGAAAAAGAUGGCAGAAUAUAUAACUUACCAACCACGUCUGAAAUUGCUGCUUUGGUUGUCGGAGACAUAGAUAAAGCUAUAGAUCAUCGUGAUAUUCUUGUGGAGACUCAGUCUAGAAUGCUCCAGCGUAUUAGUGAAUUACAUCCAUCAUAUCUUGCUUUGCAAUAUCCGUUGCUAUUCCCAUAUGGUGAUGAUGGAUAUAGAAUUGAUAUUCCCCAUAGAGAUUUCAUUGCGACACAAAAGAAAAUAAAGCCAAAGUUGUUGCAACAAUUUUUGGUUAUUGCAUAUACUAUGAUCGAGAGCGAGAGACUACAUUUCAUUCGGAGACAACAAACAAAACUUCGAUAUGAGACAUUUGAAAAUCUUCAGAAGCAUAAAGCUAAAGGUAAACAAACUUUAAAAGACACUGGAAAGGCUGUUAUACUACCUUCUUCAUUUACUGGAGGUGCAAGAUUCAUGCAACAAAAAUACCUUGAUGCAAUGGCCUUAUGUAAGUCGUUCGGGUAUCCAGAUUUCUUCAUAACUAUAACUUGUAAUCCAAAAUGGCCAGAAGUAAAGAGAUUUCUAAAAGAUUCCACCAUCAAAGCUGAAGACAGGCCUGACAUAUUGUGUCGAUUGUUUAAAAUUAAGCUUGAUUCCAUACUCAAAGAUUUGAAGGAUUCCAAUUAUCUCGGUGAGAUUAAUGCUGGUAUUUAG